UCUUCGCGGAAUUGCGAGAACGCAGCGGAAGAGACGAUACUCCCGGCUUCCAUAGGAGUUCAAUGCGGACAUAUCUGUCCGCCACGGGAGAGGCGAGCUCGACCGACAUGAAAGGGUUAACGUUGGAGAAGAUUAUCAUGUUCCUGAGGUUGGGUCUGAAGUUCGCCUGUUGUUGGCCGAUGCCUCGGAGCGCAACCAACUACCAGAUUCUGAGUGACAAAUUGUUUCGUCUGCUGUCCGGUUUGCACGCGAUGCUGCUGGUCGCCGAAUUGGCCUACACGAUUAUUUACCACGUCGAGAACGUGCGUAUGUUCAUGCAGUCGACCUGCGCGAUGGGUAUCAUGUUCGAGGUGCCGCUGCAAAUCUUGCUGUUCUCUCUGCAGCACGACCGUUUGCAAAGUGUGAUCACACAGAUGGAAGAUUACUAUCGACAAGCGAAGCCGUAUGAGAGAGACGUGUUUCAAAGGUACGUCAAUAAAUGCACGCGCUAUUACAUGGUGACGUUAAGCAUAAUGAGUAUCGCGUUCGUCGGCUCAAUUGUGGAGCCGCUUUUUCGUGGUAUCGACUCGUAUCCUCUCGUGAUAAAGUAUCCGUUCGUCGUCGACCAGCGGCUGUUGUGGGCGAUCGUGUACCUCCACCAGACUUUCGGGUUGUAUCAGGUUUAUUGUCAAGCGACCGGCAAUGCUUUCCUUGCUCUUCUACUGUGGUUCACGUCAGCGCGCUUCGAAAUUCUAUCCAUUAAGUUCCGCAAGGCUAGCAAAUACUUCGACUGGCAAAUAUGCGUGAGGGAACAUCAGGAGCUUCUUAGAUUUGCCCAAGAAAUGAGUUUGUCCAUUACGUAUGUAGUGCUCUCGUCGCUCAGUAUUAGCACCUUCACGUUAGUAUUCGGCGGUGUCACCAUUCUCAGCCGGCUACCAUUGUCCGUGAAAGCAGAGUUUGCCAUCGUGUGCAUUUCGUCAAUGGUGAAGGUAUUUCUGUGCGCUUGGCCGGCUGAUCACUUGAUGAGCAUAAGCUCCGACAUCGGCAACGCCGCGUACAAAUCUCUGUGGUAUGAGCACGGAAUUCCUUCCCAAAGGAUCAUGCUGUACACUUUAUUGCGGAGUCAGCGGCCUGUGAUUAUAACUGUUCCCGGUUUACUGACGGCUUUAAGUUUCGAACAUUAUUCCUCUUACAUCUCGACGGCGUUUUCAUUCCUGACGACCUUUCGAAUAAUUCUUUCUGAAGAUAAGGUGAGAUAA